UUAAUAUGUUGAUAAGUAUGUACCAGCCUUUGCUCACACAGUAGAUGAGACCAGCUAAUUAAACAGGAUCUCAUUGUACAGUUUCCAUCAACCAUGGUUCUUGACCCAUCACUGCAUAAAGAGGACAAACAAUGGCUUUCUCUCCUUUUACCACAAGAGAAAUGAAUAAAAUGCAGUCAGAGAAUACCAGAUUUAACUUUAAAUUCGCACCAAUAAGACCUUUCAGACCUAUGGGUACAAUGCAGUCGAUGCUAGAUCAACCUAAUAAUCAGCAAGCAGUGGUGAUCAUCCAUGAAAACAAUAAUUUUUCCUCCACUAUCAGAACAGCAGUACCACUUCAAGGAAAGAAAAAAAAGCUUGGUGAGACUCUCUUUCCAUUGGUUCAUGGUAUGUAUCCAGAUAAGGCUGGCAAGAUCACUGGUAUGUUGUUGGAGCUUGACGAAGCUGAGCUAUUACCUUUAAUAGACUCUCAUGAGUUGUUGCAGGGAAAAGUGGAGGAAGUUGUGAUUGUGUUGCAGGCACAAGAGGCUAUGAAAGAUGCUAUCACUGACAUCAAGACUAUUAAAGGAAAAGAACCUCUUAGCUCCAGUAUGAUAGGAGCAAUUGACCCACAUGAACAGAAACAAGUGCUUGGUGAGACUCUCUUUCCAUUGAUUCAUAACAUGUAUCCAGAUAAGGCUGGCGAGAUCACUGGUAUGUUGUUGGAGCUUGACGAAGCUGAGCUGUUACCUUUAAUAGACUCUCAUAAGUUGUUGCAGGGAAAAGUGGAGGAAGUUGUGAUUGUAUUGCAGGCACAAGAGGCUAUGAAAGAUGCUAUCACUGACAUCAAGACUAUUAAAGGAAAAGAACCUCUUAGUUCCAGUACAAUAGGAACAAUUGACCCACAAGAACAGAAACAAGUGCUUGGUGAGAUUCUCUUUUCAUUGAUUUAUAACAUGUAUCCAGAUAAGGCUGGCAAGAUCACUGGUAUGUUGUUGGAGCUUGACAAAGCUGAGCUGUUACCUUUGAUAGACUCUCAUGAGUUGUUGCAGGCUAAAGUGGAGGAAGUUGUGAUUGUGUUGCAGGCACAUGAGGCUAUGAAGGAUGCUACCACUGACAUCAAGACUAUUCAUAGACAAGAACCUCUUAGCUCCAGUAUGAUAGGAGCAAUUGCCCCACAAGUACAGAAACAAGUGCUUGGUGAGACUCUCUUUCCAUUGGUUCAUGGUAUCUAUCCAGAUAAGGCUGGCAAGAUCACUGGUAUGUUGUUGGAGCUUGACGAAGCUGAGCUAUUACCUUUCAUAGACUCUCAUGAGUUGUUGCAGGGAAAAGUGGAGGAAGUUGUGAUUGUAUUGCAGGCACAAGAGGCUAUGAAGAAUGCUACCACUGACAUCAAGACUACUGAAGGACAAGAACCUCUUAGCUCCAGUAUGAUAGGAGCAAUACCACCACAAGUACAGAAACAAAUGCUUGGUGAGACUCUUUUACCAUUGGUUCAUGCUAUCUAUCCAUACGUGGCUGGCAAGAUCACAGGUAUGUUGUUGGAGCUUGACAAAGCUGAGCUGUUACCUUUGAUAGACUCUCAUGAGUUGUUGCAGGCUAAAGUCGAAGAAGCUAUGGUUGUAUUGCGGGAAUAUCGGGUUCAGGAAGCUGCUACCAUCAAGGCUAGGGGUCAUUAAGAAAGACUGAAGAGAAUAAAUCAAGAAAAAGAUAAAGAAAAAAUACCACAUCAAGUCACAGAGAAGUAUAGCAACAGAAAAAGAAACGAAACAAAAACUCU